CCUUAAAGCUAAGCACUCAGUUGUGUUAUCAAACCAUUCUAUAAGCUAACAUGAAUCUGUUCGAAAUACUCUUCUUUAUCUCUCUCAUCUGUGGCUUGGUUGCAGAGCUAAAAGUACCGGCUGGAUCCUGCGUUUCCAAGAUCGUUAACGGGAAACUCGUCCAAGUUGGAGAUUGCAAGAAAGAUGAUGGAUCCGAAAUCGCCAGAUUGAUCAAGAAGAGUCUGGACGAGAAGACAAAAGCUGAAAUAAAAUGUGACGUCAAAUACGAUUCGAAAUGCUUCCGAUCAGUUGUGUAUGCUGAAGCCAACGUCACCUUCAAUGUUGGGAAAUUCAUUUGCAAAUCAAUGAACAACGGAAAACCCGCGAAUAUUUACGACCUCGCGCACCUUCAGAUGUUGCUAUCUGAUCUUCGCUCACUCAAAGCUGAUGCUGGUUGGAAAUGGUUUCGUGUCUGGACAGGAAUGGAAUAUAAGGACAAUCAGCUUUUGCAGUCAAGUGGAGAACCAAUUACCAUAGCAACAGGAUUCUGGCAUGUUCAUUAUCCGACAACCAAUGCAUCGCUAACUAAUGUUAUUCUUUAUGUUGAUGAAGAUCCAGUGUCUGUACAUCAGGGAAUAUCUGAUAUUUCUCUAUCCGCGAGAUGCCACGGUGUAAUCUGUGAAAUAUAAUACCAGCUCAAAACCAGACAGUACUCCAUUGAUGGGUUUUCAUAGAUUUUGAACGUUUUACUAGGCUUUUGGUUUUGUUUUUUUGUGAUUUUCCACUUUUAUGCUCGUGAUUAGUGAUGUUCCAAAUAUACACUAAGUUAAUCUUUUUUUUUCAACCGCUAAAGAAAAAAAUCAAUUGGAAAUAUUACAAAAAAAU